CAUCACUAGAGACAAGUCACCAAAACAAAGCGUGGUGGCUCUGCAAGCAACGUUCUGCGACAACAGAUUGUAAAUGUUAAUUAGCUAAGCUACAUAAGAUGAUAAAAUGCCAAUUUGCUGGCUUAUCAGCGAGGAGGACAAUCAUAAACCCAUUCGACUACCUCACCUACAGACAGUUGUCCUGGGUCGAGGUCCAGAAACGACUAUUAAAGACAAAAAGUGCUCUCGGCAGCAAGUUGAAUUGAAAGCAGAAUGCAACAAAGGUUAUGUCAAAGUUAAACAGCUGGGCUCGAACCCGACCUCCGUAGACUCUGUGGUGGUUGGGAAGGACAUUGAGGUCAAAAUUAAGCCCGGACAGCAGCUUCAUAUAGUCAAUCAGCUCUACCCAUACACUGUACAGUUCAAGGAGGAUCUCACCGGGGACCACGGCGGCACCAAAAGACCACGAGAGCCGGCUUCAGGGGGCGGAGAGAGCCGCAGAGAGGCUCCGAGUGUGAAAGCAGUCAAACAGACAGAAAAGUCCUCUGUGUCAGUCAGCCAUGGAGAAGCUACUAAAACCAGUGAAGGUUUUGGGCAUUGGAGCCAAGGUCUGAAGACCUCAAUGCAAGACCCAAAGAUGCAGGUGUACAAGGAUGAUAAAGUAGUGGUGAUAAAAGAUAAAUACCCCAAAGCUCGCUACCACUGGCUGGUCCUUCCGUGGCAGACCAUUUCCAGCCUGAAGGCCUUACGCGAGGAGCACUGCGACCUGGUGAAACACAUGCAGCAAGUCGCUGACCAGAUGGUUCAGCAGUGCCCAGACGCCAGCUCGCUACGCUUCCGCAUAGGGUACCAUGCCAUCCCCAGUAUGAGUCACGUGCACCUCCAUGUGAUCAGCCAAGACUUCGACUCUCCUUGUUUAAAGAACAAAAAGCACUGGAACUCAUUCACAACCGACUAUUUUGUGGAGUCUCACGAUGUGAUUCAGAUGCUUGAAACAAACGGAAGGGUCACCGUGAAUGAAGGAACCAGCGAGAUGUUGAAACUACCUCUCCGCUGUCACAUGUGUCACAGAGAGAUUCCCACUAUCCCAGCUCUGAAGGAACACCUGAAGUCUCACUUUCCCAGCUAAGAAAGUGACCUCAAAGGGAAUACAUGCCUCAGAUGAUAAUAGGUUCAACAUAGGACUGUAGUGUGUUGGGCAUUAUUUUUGCCUGUUCAUUCAGAUUUAUGGUUAUAUUAAAAUAAAAAAGAAGUCAUUAUGUGACUGCAACUAGGGCUGCACGAUUAAUCGAAUAUAUUUAUCGCCAUCACAAUUUUGGCUUUCCACAAUUAAAUGAACAUGAUCGCCUGCGAUAUUGACAUUUAAAAUGUGUGCUCUGCUCAUAGAAAACUCUGCUGCAUAUCAAAUCAAGUGCCUCCUAAACUACCAGCCAGCCACCAGGGUGCAAUCGAGAUGUUUUGGCUUCACUUUAGGGGAGCUGUCUGCGCGCGCACCCGACAGCGGCAGUCUGUGAAAACCUUCCCUGAAUGAUACAGUCCAGAGUAGAAGAGUAAUAUACUGUAUAUUUUAUGGGCAAAAUGAAAAUGCACUGAAUUCAGGUGAAGAUGAACCUUAUUUUAAAUGUUAUUUUGAUUUAACAAUUUGUGAAUUAGCAGGAAUGUAGCACAAAUUGAAGUGCUCUGUAGAUUUUAUUUGGGGUUAAACGUUUUGGUACAAUUAUAUUUUGUUUCUGGGAGAUGCACCGUGAAUAAGGAUAAAUCUUUAUUUUGAAGCAAAGAUUUGUGCAGGAAUGUAGCACAACAUAUAAGUGAAAGCAGUGCUCUGUUUAUUUAAAUGUGAAAGUGCAAUUAAUAAAUUAAUGAAUAAUUGUGAUAAAUAAUCAUGAUCUCAAUAUUGAUCAAAAUAAUUUUAAUUAUCAUUUUGGCCAUAAUCGUGCAGCCCUUACCGGAACACAAUGUUGUAGCUGUAGUUACAUUUUCAACAUGUUAGUUGUCACCAGGUUUAAGAAGAGUGUCACUGAAGAUGUAUGUCAAUUAUGUUGGAUUUCAUCAGUUUUUUGCCAAAUCUCUGGACUGGGAAAUCCCAACUAUUGCAUCUUUUGUUCCAAUGUUUCACAUGUCUAAAUAUGUUGUAUUAAAUGUUUUCUAAAAACUGAA